AUGCUCGAGAACCCCAGCGACGAAAGUGUAGUCCGGUGGGGCAAUGACGGUGACAGUUUUGUCGUCUUGGAAAACGAAAAGUUUACCAAACACAUACUCCCCAAACACUUCAAGCACAGCAACUUUGCCAGUUUUGUGCGCCAACUGAACAAAUAUGAUUUCCACAAAGUCCGCCACAACAAUGAAGAAAAUGGGCAGUCGCCCUAUGGACCUGGGGUACGCUUUGCACACACACACGCUCUUUGCGGCUUUCGUUCGCUGGACAUACCAUCCCACGCCUGGGAAUUCAAGCACCCCGAUUUCAAGAUGAACAACAAAGAUGCCCUCGACAACAUUCGCCGAAAGGCUCCCGCACCACGAAAACCAAACCAAGCAGCCGCUGAAGACUUUGCGCCCUCACAGCAAAUGGACAUGGUCAGCGGCCAAUUAAUGGCGACACAAGCCCAAUUACACCAGCUCGAGGGCCGAUACAACGAACUGAACAUUCAUCACUCCAUGCUUUUGCAAGAGGUCAUUGGUUUACAAAAGACGGUCGUUAACCACGAGCAUGUCAUGCAGCAAAUCAUGACUUUCUUGCAUGGGGUUGAUGCGACGCAGCGGAGGAAUAGCAAGCUCGUCUUCAAUGGCGGUGAAGCCCAGAAUGGCAACAUGGACCCCCCAUCGAACAAUGACGACGACAACCCGGCUUCGCCAUUGCAGCAUGCCUCUAAGCUUCUCAGUGAAACCAACGCCGAUGCCAUGCUGAACCCCCGCAACCUGGAGCACAUGAAUGAGAUUACCAUGAGGAUGAAUGGCACCUUGACAACACCACCACCAGACUUUGCUCGCGCACAAAUGCGGCCCACAAGCCGCGGCCCGCCAUCAGCGACUUCGACAAACUCGAUGCGCCUGGACAACUUGGACAACCUUGUAUAUCCAGUCGGAUCCUCCAAUGGUAUUGAUCCCAUGUACAGCGAGCACAUCAACAACAUCCCAUACGCUGCUCCACCAAAAGCCGUGGACCAAAAUGAGCCCAAGGUACCCGAGGGAAAGAAGAAGAGUGCUUUCCCUGACCCAGGGUGGAUUAGGCCGCCACAAAUCUUGCUUGUCGAGGACGACCCUACGUGUCGUCGUAUUGGAAGCAAGUUUUUGUAUGCUUUCCACUGCUCUAUCGAUAGUGCUCUCGACGGUCUUGAGGCUGUCAACAAGAUGAAUGCUGGCUCUAAAUACGACUUGGUCUUGAUGGAUAUCAUUAUGCCAAAUCUCGACGGUGUCUCCGCGUGCCAUCUGAUCCGGCAAUUUGACACCACACCUAUUGUCGCAAUGACAUCAAACAUUCGUAGCGAUGACAUUUCCAUGUACUUCCAGCAUGGUAUGAAUGACGUUCUACCCAAGCCAUUUACCAAGGAAGGACUAUUGCAUAUGCUAGAAAAACAUCUUGUCCAUCUGAAAAAACCAUCAGCCCAAGGUGACGGGUCCAUGGUGGCACCACAACCUGUACCGAUAGCACGGCAGUUGGUGCUCAAGGAAGAGGAAUCGCCAGGCAAAUCACCACAAGCCGUCAGCAACUGGAACUCGCCCAACCAAAUCCCGGGCGUAUCCCCGGUCGGCACUUCAGUUCCAGAAGACUUUGCGCAAGCCAUGCGAGGACAACCAGUGCAACACCCGAAUUCAUACGGAGUCAAUCCUAUGCAAGGGAACAUGGGGUACAAUGCUUCAUCACAUAUGCAAAUGCAAUCACAGCAGCAGCAGCAGCAGCAACAACAACAGCAGCAGCAGCAGCAACAGCAGCAACAACAGGCACAACAACAACAGCAGCAGCAGCAGCAACAGCAGCAACAACAGGCACAACUACAAGGUCAUCGCAGACAGGUCUCUGAGAUUUCCGGUGGCGACGAUAUGAACAACCCAGCGAAACGUCAACAAAUGUAUCCUCCUCAGAUGCAACAGCAAAUGGGGGCAAUGCAGCCGCGCCCUCAUUGA